UCCGACCUAGUAUUUUAAUGAACCGGUCGUUGGUCCACCCAGCCUUAAUAUCCACAUCCAGAGCAGAAAAAUAAAGUUAGGUGGGGUUCGGCAAAAAGGAAAACCCCGGGAAGGAUACAAGAAACUACCAGAAGAUACAGAGCGAAAUAGGAAUACCGACCACCGAGAAGGAGAACGGCUGAUUUAUUCGCGCAGGCGAACAAUCCUGAACGUAUCGGAGGUAUUGCGACCUGAUUGCCGGCGUCGGCAGCCUUUCCGGUGAUCAAUUUUGGGAGUCCGAGGCACCAUCAGAGCAUUUAGGGUUCUUUUUUUAACUUAAGCCUUCAGCUCCAAGUGUUCGACAGUAGUCGUCGCCAAUGAAGCGCAAGGAGUUUCAGGAGGAAGAUUUCUCUUCUCCUUUCAACUCUCACCCCGCAAAGUCCAGAAGACUGGAUGGAGAUGUGCUACAGUCUCUGGAAGUGAACCCUAGGUUUCGUGGUGAAGAGCUGAUGGAAGAAUAUUUGGAGUUCGGACCCCAGAAUGCAGUCGAUGAAGUGCUCCAGACGGCCGCUUCUGUGGCUGGUGACGCAAUUCCUUUGGUCGGUGAUUCGGAUGAGAAGGCAAUUGUGCUGUAUCAGCCCCCGACGCUGCCACGGUCACCAAGCUCCCCUGAGUUUUCCAUAGUGCUGGAUUCCAAUUUGAUUCCAGGGCUGAGAGAUCGUAUCUGGUGGCCAGGAACUCGGAAGCAAGAUGAAUCUGUUGAGGAGAAAUUGGCAGCAGAGAAAAAUGUCAACAGAUCCAACAACAGCAUGGCUGUUAUUCCGUGGGUUGCUCCCCAACUAUUCAUGAGCAAUGUAGCAGAUGGAGAAGCCAUGGAGGCAGAAGAUACUGACAUGAUGGAUACAGAUGAAACCCCCGCGAGCUACAAUUGUACAGUGAGAGAUGUUGGGGUUGGUGGAAAAACAGAACGAAAAGAGUCGCAAUUCCAAUGGCAACCUCAGCAGCAACAGUGGAUGAUGCUACCAGGAGUGAUCCAAAACAUACAUACUCCGAUUACUUGGUGAAAAUGUCAUGGAUUAUACAUAUUGGAGUAUUUUGUGAAUGCACUUGCAGUAACUAGAGCUUUUAACCAAGGAGAAACCAUGUAAUAGCUCAAACCUUAGGAACAUUGUGCCAUCAUGACAGAGAAAUGUUCUGUAAUUGGAAAUCUCUGUAUUCGCCUAAUGCCUAUAUACUGGGUCCCAAGUUUCCAACCCAUUUAUCAUACAGUUUUGACAUGAUUUGUUUCAGUCCUGUCAUGGUUUGGCCAAAAUUGAAUUUAGCUAAAUCUCAAGUUGUUUCGAAAAAAGAUUCGAUAGGUCCCAUCGGGAUUCGAACCCAGGUCGCUGGAUUCAAAGUCCAGAGUGCUCACCACUACACCAUGGAACCAGUCGGUGCUGCCAAGUUCAGUUCUUCCCUUUGAGAUGUUUAACCAGGUCAGAUCUACAACAGUCCACGAAUUUGGGAUGUGCUUAAGCUUACUAGACCAGCUUCAUAGAGAGAAUUCUCAGCAAGUCUGAAGAGUCAAAAGACAUUAAUUUACGAGCAGUUAAACACCUUCUUAGCCAUCUGUUCAUUGGCUAAGAGGCUGCCUGAAUUACCACUCGAAUGCAAACACAGACAAAGAAAGGAAGAAAAAAAAAACACAGAUAGGCAAUGGAAGGAGAUGUAUCAACCCUUCCAUCCCCGAGAUAUCAACCCAGAAAUCAGACUGAGAAGAAAAAGGGAGAAACGAUUGAGCUCGAUAUUGGGUAGCUGUAUUCAACUCUAGGGCAUUAAAACAUGAGCCAAAGAGUUAAACUUCAGCCCCGUUUUGGUUUAAAACAACCUAUCUUCCCGAAACCUAAAGGAUAAAAAAGAAUGAAAACAGAGACAAACAUCGCGGGGGAUGAAGCUAAAGAAGAGUAUACGCUAUGCGGCGAACCAACGAAACCCUAAUUCCUGAAGCUCUAGAUCGUAGGAUUUGGAGAAGAUGAUUUCUCUUUGUAGCUGUAGAAGAGAUGUAUAUAUACGCACAUCUGGGCAGAGUAUCGGCGCAAGCGCAAGUGCGCACCCUUUUCCGGAUUUCAUAGUACAAUGACGAAUUAGCCCUCAACUUACCUUCAUUUCCAUGUCACAGCUUUCCUCAAGUAAAAAAAUAUCAAUUUACCUCUUAUUUUCUCUAACUUUAUCGUUCUGCUACAUAAUUUUUUUUAUUUGCAAUACUUGUUUGUUUCUGUUAAGAUGAAAAACACGUGUAUCCAAGCCUUUUCAAUUUGUGAGAAAAAUGAGUGGUUAUAUUAAAAAAAAAACGAAUGCUAAUUAUUUCUGAGACCAUCCACAUCUAUGAAAUACCAUUUCUAUUUCAUAUGUAGCCCCCACUGCCACAUCAAUAGAUUUUCCAUUUCACUACAUAUAACUUCCAUUUCCUCUGCAUUCAUGAAAUCCACUAUCUAUUUCAUAUGGUGGGUCCAACUUACUUUUUAAUAAAUCUACAUUUAUAUCUAACCUAUAUGAUUUUACCAAUUUAAGACGUAUCAAAUAAUUAAAAUAAUAUAUUGUAAUUAUUUAAUUAUCAAUGAUGAAAUAAAUCUACCAAUUCAUU